CCCACCAUGGCGGUCUCGGCGGCGGACGUUCGCAGCGCACUCGCUUUGCCAGAAUCAUCGACUUCGGCGGCUCAGAACAAGAAGGGAAAGCAGAGGGAUGGGAUACCACGCGAGCUUUACCGUCUCAUUGGCCCUUCCAUGCCUUCAUUGGCCGUACCCAAGCCACCGCGCUUAAAGCAGAAGCCGAACCUGGGGGUGGAGGUGAAGUGGGAGAAACGCAAGUUUAAGAACCCAGCGCGAAAGGACGGUCUAGAGCUCGAGCACUGGGUGAGGGCAUCCACUGAUCCCAACGAAGAGUACCCCUUUGCCAAGUAUAACACCAGACCACCCAUCCACCGAUAUAGUGAAGAGGAGUACGCGAAUUGGCUGCAAGAUGAGCAAUGGAACAAGGAAGAGACAGAUUACCUCUUCAGCGUGCUCAACGAAUACGACAUGCGCUGGUACAUCGUUCAUGACCGCUACGACUAUACAGGCCCCAAGAAAGAUGAGAAGCAGCCGCACAAGAAACGCACACUAGAAGAUCUUAAAGAGAGAUACUACAGCGUCUGUCGAAAGCUUAUACGCAACCGCAAUGCGCACGUCGACGAGGCAACUAGGGCAUCGAUGUUGUCCAACUUUCAGUUCGACAAAGAACGGGAGGUCACGCGGCGAAAGUACAUUGAGAGCCUGGACAAACGCGGUCAGGACGCCUUGGAGGAGGAGGAAGCGCUGUACAUCGAGAUCAAGCGCCUCGAGCAGAACGAGCGCAAGUUCAAGAAAGACCGCGACGAACUCCUGCGCGUCCUCGCCGGCAUCGACUCAGGCCUCCCCGACGUCAUUGAGGACGCGGACCUCUCGCUCAUCGCUGUCGAUACCAAGCGCAGCAAGAAGAAAGGCACCCUCGAGCCCGACACGCCGACCACGCCCUCUGCCUCCGCUGCCUCGCGGCCUGUCGUCAAGUCCCUCCCCACCGAUGCGCUCCACUGCAUCACGCGCACGGAGCCCUCGUCGAGCCUGCCUUCGACGAAGGCCGCGCACACUGCUGCGUAUGUGCGUUCGUACAAGAUCCCCGUCGCGAAGGCGUCGAUGGCGCAGCGCGUGCAGGAGAUUAUGGCCGAGCUGGGCUUGUCUGCGGGCAGGCUCGUUAUGCCCACGGCGGGGAAUGUGGCGCAGAUGGAGUCGCUGAUGGACGCCAUCUACGUUCUUAUCGACGCGAAGAAGGCAGUGGAUAAGGUAGAGAUGGACAUCCGGACGGCGAAGGAGCGACUCAAUAUGCGCGGGAGCGAGGGUGCGGAUGAGGGGGCUGGGGAUCAGCUUAUGCACAGCAGGUCGCAGAGCGUGGCAAGUGGGCGAGGGAGGAAGCAGGCAAGGCGGUCGGCGUCAGUGGCGUCGUCUGUCGACGCGUCGGUCAGCGCCAGGCCGACGAAGCGGCAGAGGCGGUAA